GUAGACAUUAUUGUUAUUGACUGCAAAUGCCUCAGUGUUUUUGCUCAUUGGAAUGUGGUUUGACAGAUUAAUUAUAUGUUAUCAGGCAGUUGAAGAUCAGCUAAAGAUAUAUGGCCACAAGAGUGAUGCUGAUGUCUUUGAGUUGUUUCUUUCUAAGAAGCAGCUGACAGAGGUCAUGGAUCUUUCUAGGUUUAAAAACUUAAAAUACUUAUGGCUUCAUCAUAACAAGCUCCAUGGAAUAACAUUUCUAACUAAAAACUAUUGCCUGUCAGAACUAUAUCUACACAACAAUGAAAUAUUUGAUCUAGAAGGUCUGCACUGCUUGCCUUCCUUGAACAUUCUCCUGCUACACCACAAUGAGUUAAAAAACAUCGAUGCAACAGUGAAGGAAUUGAAGGGAAUGCUCAAUCUAAGAAUCCUAACUCUGUACCAAAACCCUUUGUGUCACUAUAACAUGUACCGUUUAUAUGUGAUCUACCACCUUCCAGCAGUGGAGAUGUUUGACCGAAAGUAUGUUACAGAAAAAGAAAGAAGAUCAGUGAUUCCUUUUUUUAACCAUAAUAAAGCACAUGUCAUUCAAUCAAUGGCAUUUGGAAGAAAAAUAGAUGCUUCCUGGGAUCCUAGAUCACCAUUUAAGCAAAAGCCAUCCCAUCCAGUACCUUCAGAUUUUGCUUUUGCGGAUAAUGUAGACAAAACUGUGUUUGACAAUCCAGAAGAUGCUGUUUUUGUCAGGUCCCUGAAGCGAUCAGUGAUGGUGAUUACCUCUCUGAACUGGGAUACAGUUCCGACGCGAGAGGAAAAGUACCUGGAAGAGAAGGGCACAAAACCCACUCAAAUGCUCACAAUUAAACUCAGAUGA